UACACUUUCCUCUCUGCACUUCAUUAAGGAAUACAUUUACCAGUAAAAUGGCUGUCACAUUCAUUGUACUCGCAUGCUUGGUGGCAGUAGCCAGCGCUGGCGUUGCCCCCGCCCCUGUCACCUACCACGGAGCCCCGGUCGCGUACACCGCACCCAUCGCCAAAUACGCCGCCUUACCCUUAACUAAGACCGAUGAAGAUUACGACGCGCAUCCUCAGUACAGUUUCUCGUAUGACAUCCAUGACGCAGUCACUGGUGACACCAAGUCGCAGCAUGAGACACGUGACGGCGACAUCGUUCAGGGCUCUUACUCCGUCGUUGAUCCUGAUGGCACUCAACGUACCGUCGACUACACCGCUGACCCCCACAAUGGAUUCAAUGCCGUCGUGCACAAGCAGCCAUUAGGCGUGAAGGUAGCCACAGUUGCUAAGGUUGCAGCCCCAGUUGCGUACCAUGCCCCAUCCGUGGUUCAUUCAUCGCCAGUGACGUAUCACGCCGCGCCAGUGGCUUACCACACCGCUCCCGUAGUCCACGCCGCGCCCGUCGUCCACGCUUCUCCUUUCGCCUAUUCCGGUCCCAUCUAUCACCACUAAAUAAAUAAUUGUUGUCUGUGCUUAAUAACUUACAUAAUUAUCUGUAUUUAUUGAUAUUAAUAAAAGAUUUUCGAUU